AUGGUAGUUUUUUUGUCUUGGGAAACAAAGAUACGGAUCAAAGUACGAGGACAGACGUCACAUAGUCUUAAAGAAAACGCCAAAAAUCAGAAGAAAUCAGAAGAAGAAUCACCUCUGUCCUCCGAGGCAAUAACUCACCCGGCCUACGACUACAACGUGGCAGCCAUUUACAGAACGGCAUCAUGGGAAGAAGACAGGGGCAUGGAGAUGGAUGGAAGGAGCGGGAGACGAGACGAGUGCCCAUCGCUGACGGCAGAUAGGAAGACUUGA